AUGUCCUUAGCUUUUUUAUUUAGUUUCUGUUUUCUCAUGAACAUGCCUUUUCCUAGAAUGACGAGAACUCAAAUGGGCAGGGGUUCCCGCGUGGGUUCGAACCCUCCACGGCGCGUUUGUGAGCACGAGGACAGGCUGGUGUGGGGAGAUAAUGCGGGCAGGGGGGUGGGCGAUGAUGAGGGCAGGGGGGUGGGCGAUGAUGAGGGCAGGGGGGUGGGGGAUGAUGAGGGCAGGGGGGUGGGGGAUGAUGAGGGCAGGGGGAUGGGGGAUGAUGAGGGCAGGGGGGUGGGGGAUGAUGAGGGCAGGGGGGUGGGCGAUGAUGAGGGCAGGGGGGUGGGGGAUGAUGAGGGCAGGGGGGUGGGGGAUGAUGAGGGCAGGGGGGUGGGGGAUGAUGAGGGCAGGGGGGUGGGCGAUGAUGAGGGCAGGGGGGUGGGGGAUGAUGAGGGCAAGGGGGUGGGGGAUGAUGAGGGCAGGGGGGUGGGGGGUGAUGAGGGCAGGGGGGUGGGGGAUGAUGAGGGCAGGGGGGUGGGCGAUGAUGAGGGCAGGGGGGUGGGGGAUGAUGAGGGCAGGGGGGUGGGGGAUGAUGAGGGCAGGGGGGUGGGGGAUGAUGAGGGCAGGGGGGUGGGGGAUGAUGAGGGCAGGGGGGUGGGCGAUGAUGAGGGCAGGGGGGUGGGGGAUGAUGAGGGCAGGGGGGUGGGGGAUGAUGAGGGCAGGGGGGUGGGGGAUGAUGAGGGCAGGGGGGUGGGGGAUGAUGAGGGCAGGGGGGUGGGGGAUGAUGAGGGCAGGGCAAGGCGUGUGGGGUAUGGCAGGACAGCAGUGCAGGUGAAUUUUGCGCACUGGGACCACGAGGUUUGGGGUCCGUGUGUGUGUACUGAAGAUUGUACGCAGCACCCCAUGAAUGAGGAGGAACGCAACCCAGAGGCUUGUCCGAGUGCUUCCCCCUUCCCACUCAUCCCUCUCCCUCCACCAGGCAGCGGCGCGCUGUGUGCAGGAGGGGGAAAUUGGGAGAUGUGA